AUGGAUAACAAUAUUCUAAUUAAAAAAUAAUGGUUCAUAAAAUCCUCCACAACUAAAAUUGAAGAUGCCUAUGAAUUUGAUCACAAGAAGGUAUUAGUAUAAAUUCAUUGAAAAAGCUGCUUGGUUAAGGGACUUAUGGUUAAGUAGUUAAAGCUAAACUAAAGGGAUAGAAAUAUUAUAGAGCUAUCAAAAUAAUUCCAAAAAGCAAAGUUAGAAAUCCUGAUCGAUUUAGAAGAGAAAUAGAAAUAAUGAGAAAUUUAGUAUGACUACACAGUAAAUAAUUAGGAUCACCCAAAUAUUAUUAAAUUAUUUGAGACUUUUGAAGAUGUGAGAAAUGUUUAUUUAGUGAUGGAGUAAGAAUUAUAAUUAUCUAAGACUUUGUGAAGGAGGUGAAUUAUUUGAUAGAAUUAUUGACAAAGGUCAUUUUUCUGAAAAUGAAGCAAGAAUCACUAUUUUGUAAAUUAUGUAAGCUGUCAAUUAUUGUCAUUAAAAUGGAAUUUGUCAUCGCGAUUUAAAACCUGAAAACUUUUUAUUAUUGACAAAAGCUGAUGAUUCACCAUUAAAAGUCAUAGAUUUUGGAUUGUCUGUUAUAUUCCAUGAUAAUCAUGUUGAAAAGUUGACAUAAGGAAAAGUUAGUAUGACAACUAGAGCAGGAACACCUUAUUAUAUUUCCCCUGAGAUUUUAGAUGGUAAAUAUGAUGAAUCUUGUGAUAUUUGGUCAGCAGGAGUGAUACUCUAUAUACUUUUAUCAGGUGUACCUCCAUUUUAUGGAAAUACAGAUCCUGAAAUUCUGGAUGCCGUUAAAAAAGGCAUUUUCACAUUCAACAGUAUUUUAUCAGAAUAUUCUUUAGUACCUGAAUUCAAGAAGGUUUCAGAAGGUGCAAAGGAUUUGAUAUAAAAAAUGAUAUGUAAACCUUAGAAAAGAUUGAAAUCUCAUGAGGUUCUUUAACAUCCUUGGAUGAAGUAAUAAUAAGCUGGAAGUUCAUCUUUAAGCGUUAAUUAUCAAUCUUUAAAGAAUUUUACAAAUUUUAAUAAAUUAAAAAAAGUUUAUAUAAUUAAAUUAUAUAUAGGUUACAUUAACUUAUAUAGCAUCUUAAUUAUCUGAAUAAGAAAUAUCAGAAUUAGGAAAAUUGUUUAAGUAAUUAGAUAAGAAUGGAGAUGGUGUUUUGACUAUGGAUGAAUUAACUCAUGGAUUGACAGGUUUGAAGAAAGAGUCAUAAAAUGAAAUAAUGAAUGUGAUAAAAAGUAUUGAUACUGAUGGUUCAGGAACUAUUAAUUACACUGGUAUAAAUUUAAAUUUAAUAAUAAGAAUUCUUGGCAGCCACUAUAGAGAAAAGUAUAUAUAUGAAAUAAGAAAGACUGUUUUAAGCAUUUAAAAUGUUUGAUUUGGAUGAAAGUGGAAAGAUCUCAAGGGAGGAAUUGAAAUAAGUUUUAGGGAGUAAUAUUAUUGAUUAAUAUUUUAGAGAAUGGUACUGGAUUUGAUGAUAACACUUUCAAAUACUUGAUUGCAGAUGCUGAUAAAAAUGGAGAUGGAGAAAUUGAUUAUAAUGAGUUUAUAGAGAUGAUGGAUAAAAUGAAAUAAUGA